AUGAAUGAUGAAGUAAACCUAACUGGGUGGAUGAAUGAUGAAGUAAACCUAACUGGGUGGAUGAAGGAUGAAGUAAACAUAAUUGGGUGGAUGAAUGAUGAAGUAAACCUAUCUGGGUGGAUGAAUGAUGAAGUAAACCUAACUGGGUGGAUGAAGGAUGAAGUAAACCUAACUGGGUGGAUGAAUGAUGAAGUAAACCUAUCUGGGUGGAUGAAUGAUGAAGUAAACCUAACUGGGUGGAUGAAUGAUGAAGUAAACCUAACUGGGUGGAUGAAUGAUGAAGUAAACCUAUCUGGGUGGAUGAAUGAUGAAGUAAACCUAACUGGGUGGAUGAAGGAUGAAGUAAACAUAAUUGGGUGGAUGAAUGAUGAAGUAAACCUAUCUGGGUGGAUGAAUGAUGAAGUAAACCUAACUGGGUGGAUGAAUGAUGAAGUAAAUAUUACUGGGUGGAUGAAUGAUGAAGUAAACCUAACUGGGUGGAUGAAUGAUGAAGUAAACCUAACUGGGUGGAUGAAUGAUGAAGUAAACCUAACUGGGUGGAUGAAUGAUGAAGUAAACCUAACUGGGUCGAUGAAUGAUGAAGUAAACCUAACUGGGUGGAUGAAGGAUGAAGUAAACCUAACUGGGACGAUGAAUGAUGAAGUAAACCUAACUGGGUGGAUGAAUGAUGAAGUAAACCUAACUGGGUGGAUGAAUGAUGAAGUAAACCUAACUGGGUCGAUGAAUGAUGAAGUAAACCUAACUGGGUGGAUGAAUGAUGAAGUAAACCUAAUUGGGUGGAUGAAUGAUGAAGUAAACCUAUCUGGGUGGAUGAAUGAUGAAGUAAACCUAACUGGGUGGAUGAAUGAUGAAGUAAAUAUUACUGGGUGGAUGAAUGAUGAAGUAAACCUAACUGGGUGGAUGAAUGAUGAAGUAAACCUAACUGGGUGGAUGAAUGAUGAAUUAAACCUAACUGAGUCGAUGAAUGAUGAAGUAAACCUAACUGGGUGGAUGAAGGAUGAAGUAAACCUAACUGGGUUGAUGAAUGAUGAAGUAAAUCUAACUGGGUGGAUGAAUGAUGAAGUAAACCUAACUGGGUGGAUGAAUGAUGAAGUAAACCUAAAUUACGAAAUGCGUGCUUUUCCUCUUUUAUAUAAUUUGUAG